AAUGAUCAAGAGUAGUCGAGGAUUACUGGUGAUGCGUACGAAUUCAGCAGGUCUAUAUUUUCUCGAGACGCGUCUUGGAUUGAUAUUUUUUCUGUUAGCUCGAUUAGGUUUUGUUUUUUGGUUGACUUGGAAAUUAAAAUUCUCCGAUCCGAUCCUGGAAAAAAAAUCAAACAACAGCCGUCCAUCAACUUGUUUCUUUGAAUUUCUCCAAAAGUCGAUACAACAUUAUACAUCAACCAAGGAAGAUUGAGUAAGAUGGGUUCUCAAGAAUUUAAUUUAGAAGAUGCACUUUUAGAAACGAAUUGUCCGGAUUUAAAAUUAGUUAAACGAGGUAAAGUAAGAGAUAUCUAUGAAGUACCAGGCGAAGAAGAUAAAUUAUUAUUUGUUGCAACAGAUAGGAUUUCAGCAUUCGAUAUAAUUAUGAAAAACGGAAUCCCAAACAAAGGAAAACUUUUAACUAAACUAUCGGUUUAUUUUUUUCAUAAAUUUCAACAUUUAAUUCCAAAUCAUCUAAUCACUUCAGAUUGGAAUCAAAUCUCAUCUAAAUCUAAUUUAAUUCAAAAAUAUUCAUCUCAAUUGAAAGAUAGAACAAUCUUGGUUAAAAAAUCUCAAGUCUUAAAUUGUGAAGCCAUCGUUCGAGGUUAUCUAACCGGUUCUGCAUGGAAAGAAUAUCAACAAACUGGAACUGUACAUGGCAUUCAGAUGCCUGAAGGUUUAUUAGAAUCUUAUAAAUUUCCUGAACCGAUCUUUACUCCAAGUACCAAAGCAGAAAUAGGAGAUCAUGAUCAAAACAUUCAUCCAGAUCAACUCUCAGACUUAUUAGGUUCAAAAGAAUUAUCAAACCAAAUCCAAAAGACUUCAAUAGAUCUAUACAAUCUAACCAAUGAACAUUGUAAAUCGAUUAACUCUACAUUAUUCUUAGUAGACACUAAAUUCGAAUACGGAAUAGAUCCUCAAACAUCAAACUUAAUUUUAAUUGAUGAAUGUUUAACACCCGAUUCAUCUAGAUUCUCAACUAUUAAAGAUUAUCAAAUCGGUCAAAAGUUUUCUGGAUUUGAUAAACAAUUUUUAAGAGAUUGGAUCUUGAAUCAAACUGAAUUAAAUUUAAAAUCUAUGAAAGAUUUCGAUUUAGAGAUUCCUAAAGAUGUUUUACAAAUCACUUGGAAGAAAUAUCUAGAUGGAUUUCAAAAUUUAACUGGGUUUGAAUUUCAAUGUUAAAAGAGAUCUCGAAUCGUCUCUUGUUCUUGUUCUUGUUGUUCUUGUUGUUCUUUCUCUUACAUUUUCUUACAUAUCUACAUUUUGUAUUUUUUAAAAGUGGAAUCCACCAACAUGGC